AUGCCCAGUAACCAGACUGUGGCGGAGAUCGUCGCGGGUUGGGACCUCGAGAACCUGACUGUGGCGGCGGUGCGCGUACCACCGGUCAACUGGCCCCUUCCCAUGAUGAACAAGGAUUGGGAUGGGGUCAAACUUGACCUGAACGGCACCAUCGAGCUGGGGAUCCGUCUGAUCCAACAGGCCGCUGCGGCGAAUGCCCGUGUCAUUCACUUCCCGGAGGUUUGGUUCCCCGGUUAUCCUAAGGGUAUUAUCAACUCCGAUGUCCCGAACCCCUGGUUCGAAUAUCACGUCAAAGAUUAUAUCGAGAACUCCUUGGUGAUCGGCAGCGACAACUGGAACAAAUUGGUGCAGGCGGCGGUUGAUAAUCGCAUCUACGUGCUGCGGCCCUCGGCCCAGGAGCGCGACCUCUGGACGGACGGCAAACUCGACCAGAUCUACGCGGUCAGCACCCCCAUCGGCCGCAUCGGCAUGCUCUCGUGCGGCGAGCAUACUGCUCCCGAGGUCACCUUUAUCAUGCAGUCGCAGACUGAAGACAUCCAUCUUGGCUCGUGGCCUCUCGUCCCGGAUUUCGGCGAUUCCAGCCUGACCUACGAGUCGGCUGAGGUUAUCACGUCCUUGGGCCGGGUUUACGCAAUCCUGGGGGAGGCGAUUGUGGUGCAGGCGGCCAUCGGUACAGCCACCAUCUUCCCUGCAGGGUCUUCGGCAGUCUGGUCCCAGGCUGUGGCCAACGUUUCCUUCGCCGACCAUCCGCUCGUCUACCGCUCGUUCAACGCAAGUGCCUUUACGAAUUCAACUUAUAACGCUGAUGGGGAGGUCUCGUGGGGCACCCUGCAGGCCAUCAAUGAGGGGUUUCCUGAGUAUAUUCCGCAGGUCGAGGGUACGUUGGUGCCCUGGAAGCAGGAUCCCAUUUCCACCUUGCUCAAUGAGUCUGUCGUUUGA